AUGGCAUCUUCAGCAGUUACAAAACAAUCAUACUGCAAUAGCCUUGUAAUCCUUAUCAGUCUAGCUUUCUUUUCUGUAGCAAAAACUUGCUUUGUUGAAAAAUUCGAGCCCCAGAUGGGUUCCGGUGAUGAUUUUAUCAAGCUUCAUGUGAGGUUACAAGGUAUGAUCCUGACUUAUGUUACAAGACAGUCAGGUUAUGCUAAUACCAUUCAAGAUAAUCCUACACAAUUAACCAAUGCAUCCCUAUCCGAGACCCUGAAAUGCGCAGAAUCGACGUUAAACAUGGUGAAAAAGUUAUUGGAAAGGCGCGAGUUAAGGCCUAGAGAAGCUGGUGCCAUAAAGGAUAGUGUUGAAACCAUGAAAGACUCGGUUGAUGAGCUUCGGAGUCAUUGCUAG